AUGUUCUCCAUCCAGGACAGCCUCCCCAGGGGGGCCCUGACCAUGAAGGAGGAGCCGCUCCCCACCGGCAUGACCCCGGUCCGCUCCUGGAUGCAGGGCGCAGGGAUUUUGGACGCGAACACAGCGGCCCAGAGCGGUGUGGGUUUAGCUCGGGCACACUUUGAGAAGCAGCCGCCGUCCAACCUGAGGAAGUCAAACUUCUUCCACUUUGUGCUGGCGCUGUACGACCGGCAGGGUCAGCCAGUCGAGAUUGAGAGGACUUCAUACAUCGACUUUGUGGAGAAAGACAAGGAGUACAACGGAGAGAAGACCAACAACGGGAUCCACUACAGGCUACAGCUCCUCUACAGCAACGGCAUCAGGACAGAACAGGAUCUUUUUGUUCGACUCAUCGACUCCAUGACCAAACAGCCCAUCCUGUAUGAAGGUCAGGACAAGAACCCAGAGAUGUGUCGUGUCCUCCUCACCCACGAGAUCAUGUGCAGUCGGUGUUGUGACAAGAAGAGCUGUGGAAACCGCAACGAGACGCCCUCUGACCCCGUAAUCAUCGACAGAUUCUUCCUCAAGUUCUUCCUCAAGUGCAAUCAGAACUGUUUGAAAAAUGCAGGAAACCCUCGAGACAUGAGGAGGUUUCAGGUUGUGGUUUCCACUACAGUCAACGUGGACGGUCACGUUCUGGCCGUGUCAGACAACAUGUUCGUCCACAACAACUCCAAACAUGGCCGCCGUGCCCGACGCCUGGACCCCUCUGAAGCAGCCACGCCCUGCAUCAAAGCCAUCAGCCCGAGCGAGGGCUGGACGACCGGCGGAGCCACCGUCAUCCUCAUCGGGGACAACUUCUUCGAUGGCCUGCAGGUCGUCUUCGGCACCAUGCUGGUCUGGAGCGAGCUGAUCACGCCUCACGCCAUCCGAGUCCAGACCCCCCCUCGUCACAUCCCCGGUGUGGUGGAGGUCACGCUGUCCUACAAAUCCAAACAGUUCUGCAAAGGAGCGCCGGGACGCUUCGUCUACACAGCCUUGAACGAGCCAACCAUCGACUACGGCUUCCAGAGGCUACAGAAGGUCAUUCCACGCCACCCAGGGGACCCUGAGAGGUUACCUAAGGAGGUUCUGUUGAAGCGAGCAGCCGACCUGGUUGAAGCUCUCUACGGGAUGCCACACAACAACCAGGAGAUCAUCCUGAAGCGGGCAGCCGACCUCACCGAGGCGCUCUACAGCGUCCCUCGCAGCCACAACCAGCUGCCCUCUCUCACCGGCUCAGCCGCUCACUCGGGGAUGAUGGGAGUGAACUCGUUUAGCAGUCAGCUCGCCGUCAACAUCUCUGAGGCCUCGCAGGCCGACCAGGGUUACUCCCGUAACUCGAACAGCGUGUCUCCUCGUGGCUACGUGCCGAGCUCCACGCCUCAGCAGUCCAACUACAACACCAUCACGUCCACCAUGAACGGAUACGGAGCCGGGAUGACCAACCUGGGCGUCCCCGGGUCCCCCAGCUUCCUCAACGGAUCCGCCAACUCGGCUUACGCAAUCAAACAGAAGAGCGCCUUCGCCCCCGUCGUGCGGCCACAGACCUCCCCGCCCCCCACCUGCACCACCAAUGGCAGCAGCCUCCAGGCGAUGGCCGGUCUCAUCGUGCCCCCCAUGUGAGGAGGACUCUUUCUGUCAGACCCCUCCACCUUUGAUGGCCCCGCCCACUUGAAACGCCACAAACAAACAAACAACAAAAGCAACAAACAAUCCUUCCCAUCAUUCCCAGGGCCCAAACUUACCCAGAAUCCCUCUGUGCAGCAGGAUAAAACGUCCGUCAUCAUCUGUGCGUUCGCUGUGGGACUGAAUCUCUGAAGCUGCCGCAGACGCUCAACAACAAACAGGAAGUGUGUUCUGGGACGUCUGCAGCUGCUCCACGAGGAGGCGAUGCUCCA